GCCGGGGCGGGGCGGCCCCUGCGGCAGCGGCUCUGCCCGGCUCCGCCGGCUCCGCGGGUGGCUCCGCGGGCGCGGUUGCUCCGCCGGGGGACGGCGGAGCGGGGGCGGCCCCGGCCAUGGGCGGCGGGGGCUCGGCCGGAGCGCGGCGGGGCGCGCCGCCCCUCUAGGCUCGCCGGGGGAGAGCCAUGCAAGAUAGAAGAGCUGAUGCAUAAUGAUUUCUUUGUAAGGCGGCGGCUCUGCGAUGCCUAGUAUCACAACCCGACGUUGAUUCAACAGUGACUCAAAGCGGAGAACGCUCCAACCUGAGUCAUCAGCAGCAUCUCCUGCAGCUGGUCCUUAUGUUCAUCCCGGUCUGUUAUUUUUCUUACGAUGGAAAGGCUGGUUGUCUAUCUACUGGUAAUUAGCACAGCUGUGAAGGCCAUGAUGUGUCCCAAAAGAUGCAUGUGUCAAAACCUGUCUCCAUCCUUCACAAUUCUCUGUACGAAGACGGGGCUCCUCUUUGUGCCCCCCAGUAUCGACAGGAGAACGGCAGAGCUAAGGUUGAUGGAUAACUUUAUCACGACGCUUAGGAGGAAAGAUUUUGCAAAUAUGACGAAUCUAAUUCAUUUGACGCUGUCAAGGAAUACAAUAAGUCAAAUCAUGCCUUAUGCAUUUUUUGAUCUUAAAGGUCUUCACGCCUUGCACUUGGAUAGUAAUAGGCUGACUUACAUCAACGAAGACCAUUUCAAAGGUUUAAUUAACCUCCGGCAUUUAAUACUCAGUAACAAUCAAUUAAACUAUAUUUCUCCCGGGUCAUUGGACGACUUCAUUGAGACAAUUGAAGAUUUGGACCUGUCCUACAACAACCUCGUGAAUGUUCCUUGGGAAACAAUUGCCAAACUUUCUAACGUCAAUACGGUCAGUUUGGAUCAUAAUCUCAUCGAGUUUGUGCCGGAGGGAAUCUUCUCAAACCUUCACAAGCUUGCCCGUCUGGACAUGACCUCCAACAAGCUGAAAAAGAUCCCUCCCGAUCCUUUGUUUUCCAGAAUACCGGUGUACGCCAAGUCCAAAGGGUCGCCGCUGUCGUCCCUGGUGCUGAGCUUCGGGGGGAACCCUUUGCACUGCAACUGCGAACUGGUGUGGCUGAGGCGUCUCACCAGAGAAGAUGACCUAGAGACCUGCGCCUCCCCGCCAGAACUGAUGGGCAAAUACUUCUGGUCAAUUAAAGAGGAGGAAUUUGUCUGCGAACCCCCGAUGAUAACACACCGAACCCCCAAACUCACGGCGACGGAAGGCCAAAGCAUCUCGUUGAAGUGUAAAGCGGUUGGAGAUCCGGAUCCCUACGUCCGAUGGAUCUCACCCGACGGGAAGCUGGUCUCUAACACAUCUAGGACGGUUUCUUAUGAGAACGGUACUCUGGAUAUUUUGGUGACUUCUUUGACCGACAAGGGCACGUUUACCUGCAUAGCAUCGAAUGCUGCGGGAGAGUCGACGGCGCCGGUCGAGCUCCUCGUUACCCCAUACCCUAACCUCGCCAACAGCACCAACUGCGACAAAGACGCGGAGCCUGGCCCUUCAGAUAUCCUCAUCUCUGCCAAGUCCAGCUUUCCAAACGAAACGAAGGCUCAGCAAGAGAAGGCGGUCGUGGUGGCUGAGCUGACGUCGUCCUCCGCCCUCAUCCAGUGGCCUUCUCAGCAUCACCUCCCUGGGAUCCGAAUGUACCAGAUCCAGUAUAACAGCUCUGCCGAUGACAUCCUAGUGUACAGGAUGAUUCCAGCUGCUAGUAAAUCCUUCUUCUUGACUGAUCUGGUUGCAGGACGUGAGUACGACCUCUGUGUCCUUGCUGUUUAUGACGAUGGAUUGACGUCUCUGACGGCAACCAGAGUGAUCGGGUGCGUGCAGUUCACAACGCAGGAGGAAUACAAACAGUGCCGAUCCCUUCACGCGCAGUUCCUGGGAGGAACCAUGAUCAUCAUUAUCGGGGGAAUCAUUGUGGCCUCAGUUCUUGUUUUCAUCUUCAUCCUCCUCAUGAAAUACAAAGUCUACAACAACCACCACAAAAACAAAACGACAAAAGUGAACAAUGUCUGCUCUCAAACCAACGGGAGCCAGAGUGGCUCGAUGGCUCGAUCCACUUCGAAACUUGCAGAGAGACGGGAAAGUUUGCACCAGGAAUGCUCGGGCUCUUCCGUCAAAGGCAAAACUGUUGUAGAUUUGGAUUGUGAAAAAGUGACUCCAACCAACACAACCUUUUUAACAACUGAUGCGUUAUCUUAAUGGCCAUUUGAUGGAACAGGACACACCAAGGUGGUAUUGCUUGAAACAUUUUAAUGCGAGUGGUUGUAUUUUAAGCUUCACUACUAUUGUCUAUUUUUAAGAUCAGAUGGUUUAAAAAAUAUUUUUUUAAUCUGUAUACAGUUCUUGCAUUCUUAACUAUUUUGUUUCAAUAUAUUAAAUAUGAGUGUGUGAUUUACAAGAUUUUUUUACUGGUUCUUUUAUAGCAUACACCUCUGGUAUCAAGGCAGCAGCAUAGCUAAAUUCUACUGGGUUUGUCUUUGGUGAAAUGCACUAUUUUUUUCCUUUGGUUUCCAACCAGCAGCAAAAUUGUACUCUCAGGAUCCUCAGACUUCCUUUCUCACGGCAGAGUCACUCAGCGGCUUAAACCACUCACCUCUCCAAGGAAUGAUUUGUCGUCAGAAGUUACUAGUUUCUCACUAACUGAGUUUGGGGGUUUUCUUGCCAUAGGUAUGUCGUGUACACGCUUCUCAAAAAAGAAGUAAAAUUAGCAGAGGUUCCCCAUAGAGAAAGAAAAAACAAAGAUACUCUUCAAAAAAAAAAAAAAAAAAAAA